AGAUGGAAAAAACUGUUUUUUUGACUAUCACAGUAUUUUCAAGUAGCCAUUUUGAAUUAAAAUAAAAUAAAAAGAUUAAACAUGUUGAUUUCGAUUGGAAAAAAAAAUCGGUCCUCAAAGGGUUAAUGAGAUCUUUUUCACUUAGGUAGCCAAAGAAGAAAAGCAUAAACCAACUCAUUGGGCCUAUUGCUUAUUGAACAAUGUCUACUCAUUAUGGUUUAUGCAUUUACCUACAAUGAUUAAUUGUCACGUGUCAUCACGAGAAGUUUUGAAUUAUGCGUAUAAAAUACUUGUACAAAUGAACAGGCAACAUUUAAAGAAUCCAGAUGAAAUUUGUUUUCGUGUUAUUAUCCAAUUAUGUGGUCUUUAUGAUUAUCCUGUGCUUGCUGUCAAAACAUUUUCAUUUAUGAAACGAACAGGAGUUGAAUGGAAUGCAAUAACAUACGGUGCUUACAAUAAGGCAGUUUAUGAAGGAACGUGGCCACGUCACGAUCGCUGGGCAACAUUGAGAGGUGUUGUUCGAGCUGUAUGGGCGUUUAAAAAUGCACAUCGUGUGAUGAAUAAUCAAAAACACCAACAUCAACGUAUUCGAAAUCAUCCUGAUACAGCAUCGUUAGAUACGAGUUCAUUGGAGGAUUCAGAUGGAUGUAGCAUCGAUUCUAUGGCCUUAGCUAACGACAAUACAAAUCGUCUUGCAUCAAAUGAAAAUUUAAAAGACAAUCGUUCUGAUCGAGGUUAUUAUUCAAAUACAAAUACGAUAAUAGCACAAGAUGAUACCUUAACAAGUGUUUUAUCGACAAGCAGUCAUAUUAUAUCGACUUUGGCGGGUACAAUACGUGAUAUCGCAGAAAGUCCUUAUUUUCCUAAAAUGUCAUUUAAAAAACGACCAUCAUUUGAUUUAUACACGUCAUCCUCCGAUGCAAAAGUAUCGAAUAAUAACAACAAUACAAAUAAUAAUAACAAUCAAAAUGGUGCACGAUCCAUCGCAGUUGUACUCGAUAUGCCAAGCAAAUUAGACUUUAGUACUUUACAUUCCAUUGCACAUCAGACAGCUCGUUCGGAAGCUGGCAUCUUGAUGACAUCGAGUCUAAUCGAAAUUGGAGAUGUUGGAAUGUUAUCCUACCGUUUACCAGCACAAUAUAUUCAACAAUCUUUGAAUUCACAAUUGGCUCACCCAAGACGUUCAAUUUCGUGUCUAACGUCAGCAUCUCAAUUAAAACUGAAAAUCUCUGACGAUAGUCGACUGGUGUCAAAUGGCGAAGAAAAAACGCCAACAAAUGCUCCAAUAAAAUGGGAAUUAGCGUCGCACCAGCAAGUACUCACAAAUGACCCGCUUGGUUUAUUCAAUCUCUCUGCAUCACAACCACAACCACCAAUACGUCGUAUUAUGUCUGGCAUUGAUCAGUCAUCUACCUCAAGAACAACGCUGCAACCAGUUAGGUUAUUUGCUGAUGAAACAUUUCAAACAGCGCAAAACGAUGUUACACAAAAGAAACGAGCGAGUAAUUAUGACUUAUUAACAACCACAGAUUAUUCAUCGUCAUCAUUAAAAAUACCCACAUCAAUAACACAAUUACGCGCAAAACUAAACCAAAGUGGAUUAUCAGCAUUAUAUAGUCCCAAAAGCAUUAACUCAAUUCGAUCAUUUGCAUUUAAUCGUUUGAAUGAUUUAAAAUCAACUGUCAAAGUCAUGACCAACGCACCAUUAACAUCAAAUGGAAUAAUAACAGCAAAUACGGCCUCAACUGCGAAUGUUUCCACUUUGUCUCAAAGAACAAUACCCCAAUCGACAAGUCUUUAUACAGUUAAAAGUCAAAAAGAAAAAAGUAACAGUGGUAGUAGUGGAAAACUAAGAGGAAGCUUAUCAUCCCUUCUAUCUCAACAAAGUUCUAAUAGUACAGUGCCAUUUAAUAAUUGUAAUGAUCCAAUAAGCAAUAAUAGUUUCUCACCAUCAAACACAUUACAUGAUGAAAUUAAAUCACUUCGAAUUGAUCCGGCUUCUGUCGGCAUACCAGUUGUUGAAAAUCACGAUGAUGAUAAUAAAAUAAAAAUUUAUGUUGAAAUAAGUAGUUGUAAUAGAUGUUCAUCAUGCUCACAGUUUCUCUAUGAUGAAGAAAUCAUGGGUGGUUGGUCUGGCGAUGAUUCUGAAUUACAUACGGUGUGUGCACAUUGUCAAGUUAAAAUUAUACCAAAACUAAGUAUCAUUGUCAAAGAUAUGAGAUCGACAACGGAUAACGUUGAACAUAACCAAGUAUCAUCUACUCAAACUCACGAGAAUGGAUCAUCACUUGAUUCUCCUAUUACACCAACUAAUACAAGAUCAAUCGCUGAAAGAGUGAAACAGUCGUUUCGUCUUCGUUCAUCAACACCAAUUAUUGUUCAUUAUUUGAGUCCAUUGGUACUUCGAAAAGAAUUGGAAAAUGUUCUUGACUCGACUGACGAUAGCAAUGUUUUAUAUCAAAUUGAUUUUAUGGAUAAACAUCCAAUACUGUUUUGGAAUUUGAUAUGGUUUUUUAAUCGUAUACAAGUAUCAAGUCAUUUAAUCUACAUGUUACUUCAUCCACGUGAUGAACAACAACAAAAUAUUCGUACAUAUGAUUUUAAGCAAGAAGAAUGUAUUCGUAUACGUUGUAUGUGGGAUAGUUCAAUUAGUUACGAUGAUGUGGCCGAACCAUUGUAUAAAACAUGGGAACAUGAUGGAUCUGAUGGGCGUCCUACAUCAAUGAUAAAUGCAUUGAUCACAGAUGAACAUAGCACAGUGACAGGAAAAGUUAUGCAGUCGAUUAUUUCUUGUAUAGAAAAUAAUGAUCUAUACAAUCCAAUACGUUUAUUUAUCAAAGAAACGUCAAAAUCAAUACGUCGUCGUCUAAGAAGACGUUCAAUGUAUAGAGAAAUAUUGUUUCUAGCCAGUGUUGCUCUUGGACGAGAAAAACUUUCAUAUGAUGCAUUUGAUCGUGAAUAUAUUAAUGUCUUUAAUCGAUUGACAGAUAAACAAUUAUCAUUGAUAUAUGAUUUUGACAAAGCCCCAAAUUUAUCUGCUGUUAUGUUAGCUAUAAUUUUGUAUAAACAGUGUUUUAUGAAGGAAAACUAG